AUGGAUGAAUUAAUGGCAGGUACAAGACGAAACAAUAAAAAACAUCAUAGUAGUCAUUCAAAUUCAAGAGAAUCUCAAACACUUGAUUUAUUAGAAAGAUUUCGUGUAAAAGUUCAUACUGCUAAAGAUGAACAAAUUAAUGAACCUUUAAAUGAAACACAAUCAGAACAAAUAGCUGAUAAAGUUCAAACACCAUUUUUAAAACAUACUUUUGUAUCUCAAGAAUUAUUAGAUAAUGUUCAAGAUAUUUAUACGAAUGCUGAAUUAUUAACUGUUUAUGAUCCAAGAAAUCCAAUGACUAAACGACGACGAGAUGAAAGUAGUAUGUUACUUCAUCAAGAAAAACAUAAAGGACAUACAUAA